GGAGGCGGGUGAUGGCGGGACCUGGGGGGAAUGCAGAGGAGGGAGGCGGGAACCUGGCCAGGAAGGCCGGGGAAGAAGGCAAGAGUUUUGGGCCCUAGAGAGAACGGGAGGGAGGCGAGAACCUAAGCAGAAGGAGCCAGGGCCGGGAACGCCGAGAAGGGAAUAGGGAGCCCGGGCCAGGGAGCGUCCUAGAGGGAACCGGUAGUCCAGGCUGGACAGCGCCGAAGAGGGAACUGGAAGCCCGAGUUGGUGUGAGCUUGGGGAGGGCAGGAAUUUUGUCCCCCACCCCCGCCCCGCACCGUGAGGAAACCCCAGCUUUCGGAGUGCGGCCUGGCACACACGGGCAUUCAGUUCGUGUAGCUUUUUGUGCCCGUUCUUGUGCAGCUUGGGCAUGUGUUACUCCGUGUGACGUUGUGGAACCAGUUGUUUGGAAAGUGAUAAAGUCUCUGUGUUUGUCUAAUUUUUCAAAUAGGAUGCGAGUUGAUGUGUUUUUGAGACUGCAUGCGACUUUGGAGAGACGAUAGUAAGGGGUUUGUGAGUAAAAUUUUGCUAUUUUGUGUAAAGUAUGUUAUGGGCUCUGUGAGAUUAUGCCUGUGAUGUGCCUAUGGGAUUGUGAUUGUGUCGUGGGCAAUAUAACUGUGUCUUUGUCUAAUUUUUAAAGUAUCUUGUGUGUACAAUCCGCAGUAAAUCGUGAAUGUUUUCUGUGACUGAGAUGGAGCGCUUGAGAAAUUGGAUGCAUGACCAGUUAAAUAUGUAUUGUUUCGAUUAUCUGAAUACUGGCAUUUUAUAUGCUUAUAGAUUUCACUCUAUGGCAACUGGAUAAGUGAAAUAGAGAUUUUUUUUUUGAUGGAGAGGAGGAAGUAAAAUAAUAAUUUUCAGAUGGUAGGAUUGUAUAUUGGGAAACCCCACACUGACUAAUGAUUGGUAUGUUGAAAUGAGUAGGACACCAUAAAAAAUUGGGCAAGACACAAAAAAUUUCUCCCCUAACUGCCACUCAAAGUUUCUAUUUGGGUGAAUCCCUUUUUUUCCCUGCUACUACUGGAUGCAUUGCGAGACAGAUUGAGUAAUUUCUUUGCUCAUUCUGAAGACUGAAUCAGUUGAACAUUUAAAUACAAGACCAGUCUCAUAAUAACUAUUUAACUAGUUAAAUAAAAUAUUCACUAUAGGGGCGCCUAGGUGGCUCAGUUGGUUGAGCAUCCGAUUCUUGGUUUCAGUGCAGUUCACGAUCUCACAGUUUGUGGGUUCGAGCUCCACCUUGGGCUCUCUGCUGACAGUGCAGAUCCUGGUUAAGAUUUCUCUCUCCCUCUCUCUCUGCCCCUUCCUGGCUUGCUCUCUCUUUCCUUCUCAAAAAAAUAAACAAAUGAAUAUUUUAAAAAACAUUCACUGUAGACACCAAUACUUCAAACUUGUUUUAAAUAAAAACCCUCCCUCCUACUGGAAGCUUGCCUGGGAAAAGGGUACAUGAUCAGCUUCUUCUCUAAUUCUUCAACCUCUAUUUUGUCUCUACUUCCUCUAGGUGGGUAGUCUCUGGCUGGAAUGGAUUGGGAGCUGGAAAGCAAGAGACAAGAAGUUAGGGACAAGAAGAGGCUAACAUGAUUGGUACCAUUAUAAUUUAUUGUAAGUCAUCUCUUACCUUCUGAGAGAACCCACUGCUGGGAACUUCCAGAUACACUUCCCUUCUUAUGGGUACAGCCACUUCUCCAGCUGUCUUCUCAAUGUUUCCUCUGGGCAUGCAGUUGGCCACCUGCUCUGGUGGGUCUUGUUGUCUCUCCAGUGAGUCCUCUUGGACAAGAGAAUCCAAGCCAUUCCAGGCAGGCUCCAUCCAUGGGUUGCCCAUCUAGAGCUCAGGAACUGCCUCUUUUCCAAAGAGGAACCCAAAGGAAGACUGGUCACCUCUUGCAAAUCUCAAAACCAUGGCUCAGAAGCAGAGCUGGGACAAAAAUGCAUUUCCUCAAAUGAGAAUAUAUUACUGCAUGAACUUUGCUUGUUUAAAUAAAAACAGUCAAGAUGGAGAUGGAAUUGAUGUUGCUUUUAGCAUCAGUGUCAUUCAAAGAUGUGACUGUUGACUUCUCUCGGGAAGAGUGGCAGCACCUGGAUCCUGCUCAGAAGACUCUCUACAUGGAUGUGAUGUUGGAAAACUAUUGCCACCUCAUCUCUGUAGGGUGUCACAUGACCAAACCUGAUGUGAUCCUCAAGUUAGAACGAGGAGAAGAGCCAUGGACAUCAUUUACAGGUCAUACCUGCUUAGAAGAAAAUUGGAAAGAUGAAGACUUUUUAGUGAAAUUCAAGGAAUACCAAGAUAAGUUUUCUAGAUCAGUUGUAUUCAUCAACCACAAAAAACUGAUUAAAGAGAACAGUAAUGCAUAUGAAAAGACAUUUACUUUAAGCAAAAACCCUAUUAAUUCAAAAAAUCUACCUCCUGAAUAUGAUACUCAUGGAAAGAUUUUUAAAAAUGUUUCAGAAUUAAUCAUCAGUAAUAUAAGUCCUGCAAGAAAGAGACUUAGUGAGUAUAAUGGAUAUGGGAAAUCACUUCUCAAUACUAAACCAGAGACAGCUCAACCUGGAGUCAAAUCCCAUAAUCAGCGUGGCAGGGUUGUCAGUCAUAAUGACGUACUUAUACAAUAUCAUAAGGUGGAAACUCCAGCACAGCCAUUUGGAUAUAAUGACUGUGAGAAAACCUUCCUUAAAAAAGGAGAAUUAAUUACACAUAAUAGAGCUUACAUAAGGGAAAACCCAUCUGAAUAUAAUAAAAGGAGAAGAACAACCAAUAUUGAAAAAAAACAUACAUGCACUGAAUGUGGGAAGUCCUUCUGCAGGAAGUCAGUAUUGAUUCUGCACCAGGGAAUUCACACAGAGGAAAAACCCUAUCAGUGCCAUCAAUGUGGAAAUUCAUUUAGAAGGAAGUCAUAUCUCAUUGAUCAUCAAAGAACUCACACAGGAGAAAAACCCUUUGUUUGUAAUGAAUGUGGUAAGUCCUUCCGCCUAAAGACAGCCCUCACUGAUCAUCAGAGAACACAUACAGGGGAAAAAUCAUACGAAUGUCCACAGUGUAGGAAUGCCUUCAGAUUGAAGUCACACCUCAUACGUCAUCAGAGAACUCAUACAGGAGAGAAACCAUAUGAGUGUAAUGACUGUGGGAAGUCCUUCCGCCAGAAGACAACACUCUCUCUACAUCAGAGAAUUCAUACAGGAGAGAAACCCUAUAUUUGUAAAGAAUGUGGGAAGUCCUUUCACCAGAAGGCAAACCUUACUGUACAUCAGAGAACUCAUACGGGGGAAAAGCCCUAUAUUUGUAAUGAAUGUGGGAAAUCGUUCUCCCAGAAGACAACCCUCGCUCUUCAUGAGAAGACUCAUAAUGAGGAGAAACCCUAUAUUUGUAAUGAAUGUGGGAAGUCCUUUCGCCAAAAGACAACCCUUGUGGCACAUCAGAGAACACAUACAGGGGAAAAAUCCUAUGAAUGUCCUCACUGUGGGAAGGCCUUUAGAAUGAAGUCAUACCUCAUUGAUCAUCACAGAACUCACACAGGAGAAAAACCAUAUGAAUGUAAUGAAUGUGGGAAAUCCUUCAGUCAGAAGACAAAUCUGAAUCUGCAUCAGAGAAUUCAUACAGGAGAGAAGCCCUAUAUUUGUAAUGAAUGUGGGAAGUCCUUUCGCCAGAAAGCAACUCUCACUGUACAUCAAAAAAUACAUACAGGACAGAAAUCCUACGAAUGUCCUCAGUGUGGGAAAGCCUUUAGCAGGAAGUCAUAUCUCAUUCAUCAUCAAAGAACUCAUACAGGAGAGAAACCAUAUAAAUGUAAUGAAUGUGGGAAGUGCUUCCGCCAGAAAACAAAUCUCAUUGUACAUCAGAGAACUCACACAGGAGAGAAACCCUAUAUUUGUAAUGAGUGUAGUAAGUCCUUCAGUUAUAAGAGAAACCUCAUUGUCCAUCAGAGAACUCACAAGGGAGAAAACAUAGAAAUUCAAUAAAUGAUGUGAUCUCUUUGUGAAGCCUUUCCAAGUUAUUGUAAAACUUUAGUUUAAGGAAAAAAAGCAUGCUAAAACAUUUUAAUAAGGUAAUUUUAAUCACAAAUGUAAUAAUAGUUAAAGUACCAACCACAGAACUGUCUGCUGUUUACUAGCACAUGUAAUGGAUAUGAUCAUUGUUAUCGAACUUUAUCAGAAAUGAAGCUAAUUUUUUAAGUUUUCAAGUUCUGUUCACUUAGAUUAUUUUUUUAAAGUGCUUACAUAAUAUAUGCAGAGGCAAGAUACAAAAUGGUUAUAAUAUCAGUCUCCAUAAAAGAAAGAAAAUAUGAAAUAUAUUUCUCCUUGUGCUCUGGAAUAAAGAAUAACUGUCAUUUCCCCAAAGAUUACCAUGUCCCUGGCUUAUAACAUCAUGAAGCAGUCUUUGCAUGUCUAAAUUUUAUGUUUUAUCAUAUAUCAUGAAUUAUUUUGUGUCUUGUCUCAACAUUUUUAAGAUUCAUACAUUAUUGCAUGUGGCAGUAAUGUAUUCAUUUUCAUUGUGCAUACUCUUCCAUUUUAAGAAUAUACCACUAUUUAUCCUCUUGAUGGAUGUUUGUAUUUUUAUAAAUUUGUGUUGUAAUAAAAAUACUGCUCUAAAUGCUGUAAAUAUUCUGUGUAUGUGUGUAUGUAUAUUUCUGUUGAUCUUAUCGUGAGAUGAAUUACUCAGUCCAAGGGUGUAUGUAAGUUUUUUUCAGCUAUGGUAGAUACUGCCAAACGUCUCAGACCUUUCUUAAUAUGAGGUGAUUAACUUUGGAAAGUAACAGCUCUGACUGUAAGCAAUGUGGAGAAAGGUCUUUAGCAGUCAUUCAACUAGAGAAUUUUACUUUAAAAAAUCCAUAUAAUAUUGUAAUUGUAAGAAGACUGUUAGUCAUGAAUAUCUGAAUGUAACAAAUCUAGAAAGACUCGCUAUGGCUUAAAUUACACAAAGCUAGAGAAUUCAUAUCGGAACGAAUCCUAUAGUUGUCAUGAUUAUAGGAAUACUUUUAGCCAUAGCAUACACCUUAUUUAACACCAUAGAAUUCAUACUAGAGAAAGGGAGGUUAAGAAAUGACAAAGAUGAGUAAAACUUGGGAAUAUAAGUCACAUUAGACAGAAUUGUGAAAUACACACACACACACACACACACACACACACACACACACACAACUAAGCCUUUUAUAUAUUUAUCUCAGGAAGUGUGGGUCUCAGUUCCCAAUGGAAAAAUCACUGGAGAGAUAUUGAUGUUUUAGAAUUGGAAAUCUGCUAAAACACUAAUGUCUAUAGCAUCUUUUCUAUGAAAAUAGUAAGUUCAACAGCACCUUGAACAGUUUUACUGAAGGCCCUUGAUUAUUUGUAACAUAUGUUUACUACAUGUAUUGUUACUGUGUAUAAUAAAAUGCAUUUAAAAUUUAAAUAAGCUUACCCCCCGCCCCCAAUUUGGGCCCUCUGCCUUACAGAAAGGGACAGCAGUUGCCAGUGGAUAGUAAAUGGAAACCUGCUUGUCCAGGGCUUGUAGAUAAUUUGAGAGAGAAAAACAAAAAACGACAGUGGGUAAUGAGGAAAUUCAGACAUGACAAAUAUUUAGACUUCAAAGGGUCUAAAAAUUAUAGUGCCUUGUCUGACCAGACAGAACUUUGUGAAAUUCAGCCUUUACUAGUAACUAUUUAUGUUUAGAGGAUUUGUUUCGUUUUGUGGGUUUUUUUUUUGAGGGUAGGAUGAACGUACUAAAAAUAAGUAGGUAAGAUUACAGGGUCCAUAUUCAUAACCAUGAGAACCUGGUAAUAGUUUCAUUUGAAUAAAUCUAUAUUUGUAUAUGAAUUAAUACUAUUUAUUAUAUGUUAACAAUGGCAACUAACAAGAAUUAUACUCAAGACGGAGGAUGCAAAUCUACCCUUUUUCCUGGAUAUUUAAUGAUUAGGGAGGUGUGGUAUAACUGAAUCUGUUCUAACCUCAACCAAACAAAGAUGUUGGGACUGUGAGUCACUUUUUCUUGGAUAUUCUACUCUCCUUUGUUUCGUCUCUCAUAUGUAUUUCUGUGGCUGUCACAAAAAUAUAAUUUAUCUGGCAUCCCUACAUGUGCUAUCCUGCCUCUUGAUUUACUGAUUAUAUUAUGAAAUAGCCAUGUUUUAUUUGCAGUAGAGCAUUGUAUGCAUAUUCUUAGUUUAUUUUUAUACAUAGUACAUAAUAUUCAUGUUUUAUAGGUCUUGUGUAUGAUAUACUAGAAAUUCUGGUGUACUAACAGACAGUGUUUUAAAUGGCUAAGCUUAAAAGUACAAUUAUGAACUCACAGAUGAUUAGGCUGUUUUCUUACCUAAAAGAACUUCCAGUAUAGGAGGUUAUAUAAACAAGUCAUAAAAGUAUUUGGAUAGUAAUCCGUAAGAAUCUCUACAUAUUUAUGCUCUUAGCUAUUUCCCAAGAUCUCCCCAAUUUCUACUCCUAUCAUAGUUACUAUACCCACCAAAAUAUAUGUCACUUAUAGGGGGAGAUGGAAUGGGGUGUUAUUAGAAGAGAUACAUUGCUACUGUAUUCAUUGUAAUGAAAUUUUUUAAAAUGAGUAGGCCAGUCCCAGACUCCUUUGGCAUCCGAGGACAAACAGCAAAUAUCCUAAAUCUAUAUGUCACAUUUUAAACUUUCCUUAUUCCCAAUCCUAUAUUAAUCCCUCCUCAUGCAAAUCUCUGGGAUAUAAUAUAUCUCAGCUGAAGAGGGAAGGGACAAAAAAGAUAUUAUGCAAAUGUUUGGCUGUAAAAAGUUACCCUACUUGAAGUGUCUCUGCAAAAAUUCAAAGUAAUGGCAGAUGCCAUUUUCUGUAUGAUUUUUCUGUUUUUAAAUUUAUAAUUUUUAACUUCCAUUUGAAAUCAUAUCCACUAAAUUUAAUUUUAUAAAUGUGCCACUUUAUAAAUAUAUUGUAUUUUUGUUGUUGUUUUAACCACCAGAUUUAUGGUGAUUUUUAUGGCAGCCACAGAAAACUAACAAAUUUUGGUACCAGGGAAUGGGGCUCUGCUAAAACAAACACCUAAAAAUGUGGAAGUGGGUUUGGAUAAUGGGUAGAGGCUGGAAGAAUUUUAAGCCAUAUGAUAGAAAAGCCUAGAUUACCUUAAACAGAUUGUUAGGGAUGGUAAGGUGCAGGCUCAGGAAAUAGCAGGAUUGAGAAAGCUAUUUUGUUUGAGGAUACAUGUGUCAUGAACAGAAUAUUAUUAGAAAUAUUAACAUAUAAUGGUACUUCUGGUAAGGGCUCAAAAGAAAUGUUAAUAUUGGAAACUGGUGGAAAGAUCAUUCUUACAUAGUGGCCAAAAACGUGACUGAAUUGUGGUUUAUACUUGUGUGAAAAGCAAACUUGUAGGUGAUGGAUUUGAAUACUUGGCUGAGGAAAUUUCCAAGGGAAAUGUUGAAGGUGGGGCCUGGUGUUUUCUUGCUGCUUAUUAUAAAAUAUAAAAGGAAAGAGAAAUUUAGGAAGGAACUAUUAUGCAAAAAGGAAUCAAAGUCUGAUUAUUUGGGGGAAUUCUCAGCCUAUGCAAACUGCAAAGGAUGUUGAAAUUAAGAGUUCACUGGAGAAAGCUUGCUCUGGAGAGAGUGCUUGGACAAUUUUAGUUGAAGAGAUUAAGUAUGUGACUCAUGGAUCCAAUCAAUCAUCUCAGUAGAAACAAAUGGAAAUGGUUGCCCAACAGUGAUGCAUGGAGGGCCCUCUUGUCUAAUUGUGUGG